AUGGAUCAGGGAACAGAAUCCAAAGAAUUCUUCAAAGUAUUUCCGAUCUUCCAGAGUUACUUCCCCUCUUUCAUUCUUCAGAUGGUGAUUGCCCUUAAAGAGAGGAGUCCUAAUGUUGCUGGUGUGGUCACACACAGUACAGGUAACCAUGGUCAGGCAUUGGCCUGGGCAGCAAGCACUGUAGGCCUCGGUUGUGCAGUCAUUGUUCCUCGGGACACCCCACAGGUCAAGAAGGAUGCCAUCACAAACUAUGGAGCAGAACUGGUCUUGUGUGAACCUACCCCACAGUCCAGACAGGAGACAUGUGACAAAAUCGCUAAAGAGCGGGGAUUGGAAUUUAUACCCCCUUUUGAUCAUCAUGAUGUCAUUGCAGGUCAGGGAACCAUAGCUAUGGAACUGCUGAAGCAGGCACCAGAUCUUGAUGCCAUUCUUGUUCCUGUCAGUGGAGGUGGCAUGUCAUCUGGUAUAGCCAUUGCUGCAAAAGCCAUCAAACCAGGCAUCAAAAUAUUUCUUGUGGAGGCUGAAGGCAAGAUGUGUGAGAAGUCACUGAGAGCAGGUGAAAGGCUGUGGCCAAACCCUCCGCAGUUUGUUGAUACCAUCGCAGAUGCCAUACGAACACAACAGCUUGGUCAUGUGACCUUUCCAAUAUUGCUUAAGCAUGCUGAAAAAGAUGUCUUCACUACUAGUGAUGAAGACAUGAUUAAGGGAAUGAAGUUUGCAUUUCAAAGGAUGAAGUUGGUGAUUGAAGCAGCCUCUGGAGCUGCUGUGGCAGCAGCCAUGUCUGAAAAGCUUGCUGGCAUGGACAAGGAGAUGAAAAACAUAGGUGUUAUCCUGUGUGGUGGCAAUGUGGAUAUAGAAAAGUUACCUUGGUACUAGAUGUGAAUUGUACCACAGGUAUUACCCAGGAUAUUUUAGAUAUACACGGGGUACUACCAAGGGUAUUACACAGGGUAUUUUCAAAUGUUCCCAGGGUAUUACCCAGGAUAGUUAAGAUUUUCAAAUGUUCCCAGGGUAUUACCCAGGUUAUUUUUUUAGAUUUACCAAAGGUAUUACCCAGGUUAUUUUUAGAUGUACCAGGGUAUUACCCAGGUUAUUUUUAGAUGUACCAGGGUAUUACCAGGUUAUUUUUAGAUGUACCCAGGGUAUUUUUAGUUUUACCCAUGGUAUUACCCAGGGUAUUUUUCAGAUGUACCAGGGUAUUACCCAGGGUAUUUUUAGAUGUACCAGUGUAUUACCAGGUUAUUUUUAGAUGUACCCAGGGUAUUUUUAGUUUUACCCAUGGUAUUACCCAGGGUAUUUUUCAGAUGUACCCAGGGUAUUACCAAGGGUAUUUUUAUAUGUACCCAGGGUAUUUUUCAGAUGUACCCAGGUUUUUUUUUCCCAGGAUAUUUUUAGAUGCACAGAGGGUAUUUCCCAAGACAUUUUUAGAUGUACCCAGGGUAUUACCAAGGGUAUUUUUUAGAUGUACCCUGGGUAUUACCCAGGUUAUUUUUAGAUGUACCCAGGGUAUUACCAAGGGUAUUUUUAGAUGUACCCAGGGUAUUACCAAGGGUACUUUUAGAUGUACACAGGGUAUUACCAAGGGUACUUUUAGAUGUACACAGGGUAUUACCAAGGGUGCGUUUAGAUGUACCCAGGGUAUUAACGAGGGUAAUUUCAGAUGUACCUUGGGUAUAUUUAGAUGUACCCAGGAUAUUUUUAGAUAUGUAUGUUUUCUGUGCUUUAAUAUGUACCAGGUUGUUUAUCAAUUAGUUCAACAUGCACAUAUCAUUGUUGUGAAUCUGUUCAAAUCAACAGGUUGUUCAUGUUAACAUAUUGAAUCUUACCACAUUUUAAUUUGUUCUUGCCACAGUUAAAAUCUUUACAUGUCGGCAUUUUAAAUCUACAUUCCAGCAUUUUGAAUUUGUACUUGUCAAUGUUUCGAAUAUGUAAAUUGUCUUUUCAGAAGAUUUCAGAUCAACUGUCAAAUAAUCGGCCUAUUUAGUUUAAUUUUACUAAUUUUUUGUAAAGGCUAUGGUGCUACUGAUCCAAUUAAUUUUCUCAUUAAUCAAUUUUCAGGAUCUUUACCUAUAUAUCUUUUGAUGGUAUAUGAGUUCUCUUAACAUUCACUUGCAAUUGUAUACAAAGAUAAAAAUGUUUGCGGUGAUUAAUUUUUUCCGACCGUCCUGAAAGCUAAAACAUUGGAAAAAACACUCAACGAGUAUUUACUGAUUGAGUGUUUACAAUAACAUUUAAAGAUUGUGUGUUUCAUGUUGAUUUUUUCUUCCUCACAUUAAUAUUAACGUUCUUUGACUUUUGAAAUACAAAAAGGAAAAUACAUUGUGUUUUACAUUUUGUUUAAAUGCCUAAUAUUUACCUGUAUAAAGGUCACAAUAAUUAUAUAAUUCAAAUGACAGUAAGUUUUCUGAAUGUUUCACAAUAUUGAUUAGAAUAAGCGAUUAUUUUAUAUAAACAAUACUUGUACAGUAUUCUUAAUUUAUGUGCUAAAAUUUGGGAGGGAGUGGAAAGCAGUUUCAGAGACCCACGGUUUUGGUACAAGUAGUUCAAAGGGAACAACACAUCGUAAAAGUAUUUUUAUUUCUGGUGAAUUGAUUUAAGGUGUUGUGACCUCACCAGCUAUCAAAUAUGAAAACAUAUUAAGUGAAGAAAUACUGAAAAAUGAGACCUUUGUAAUGGAUGUGGCCCCCAGCCCUCCUACAAAGAUAAUUCUGGAAUAGCCCUCAAAAUAGUGACAUUAAAUUUGUGAUACAAAUGUGCAUGUUUAUGGUUGUUUUGAUAUAGAAUUAUUUUUUGAUAAAUUUAAUUUUCUUUAUAUAAUUGGUGAUUCCAUUGUAUUGUAUUACAAUAUUAUAAUAUAUAACGGUUUAAUUAUGAAUAAAUAGCCAGUAUUAAUUGAUGUAAUUACUAUUAAGUAAUAUUUGUGCAAUAUCUAUCAGGUGCUUCACUCUUGUGUGAAUAUUAGGAAAUACAUUGAUAUGUACAGUGUAUUAAAUUACAUUAUUGUAUAGCCAAUAUUUUUAUAAAGAGUUAUAUUGUACAUACUUGCGGUGAUUUCUUUAAUGCCAAAGUGUGAUAUGUGCAGUAACAAAGUUCGUAAUAAAUUACAUUAUUGUACAGCCAAGAUUUGUACAGUUCUAUUGCA